AUGAAGAACCUGCUAAUUAUAUUCGUCCUGAUUCUUUGGACUGAAACACUGGCUGAUCAGAGCCCAGACCCAGGCCCUGAGUAUGCAGAUGUUGUGUUCCUGGUGGACAGCUCUGAUCACCUGGGAAUUAAGUCCUUCCCUUUUGUGAAAACAUUCAUUAGCAAGAUGAUCAACAGUCUCCCCAUAGAGUCCAACAAGUACCGCGUGGCCCUGGCCCAGUACAGUGACAGUCUCCACAGUGAGUUCCAGCUGAACACCUUCAAGAGCAGGAACCCCAUGCUGAACCACCUCAAGAAGAACUUCGCGUUCAUGGGCGGCUCCCUGCGGAUAGGAAACGCUCUCCAGGAGGCUCACAAGGUCUAUUUCUCCAAACCAGCCAACGGGAGAGAUAAGAAACUGUUUCCCCCGAUUUUGGUGGUCCUGGCGUCGGCCGAAUCUGAGGAUGACGUGGAAGUGGCUUCCAAGGCCCUGCAGCGAGAGGGGGUGAGAAUCAUCUCCGUGGGGCUGCAGACAGCUUCUGAGGAGAACCUGAAGGCCAUGGCCACGGCUCAGUUUCAUUUCAAGCUCCGGACGGUCAGAGACCUCAGCGCGUUCUCCCAGAACAUGAUGCAGAUCAUCAAGGAUGCGGCUCAGUACAAGGAAGGAGCAGUUGACGCUGCCGUAAAAGUUCCCUCCCCUGUGACCUGUGAGAAAGAUUCGCUGGCUGACCUUGUGUUCCUGGUGGAUGAGACAGUUGGAACCAGACAAAAUCUAAGGAACCUGCAGAGGUUCCUAGAGAAUAUCACCACUUCCCUGGAUGUGAACGCUAACUGCAUGCGGCUUGGACUUAUGAGUUACAGCAAUGAGGCUGAGACUAUUUCUCUUCUGAAAUCAAGCACAAAUCAAUCUGCAUUUCAGGAGCAAAUCCAGAAGCUUUCUCUCCGGACUGGGAGAUCCAAUGCGGGGGCUGCCAUUGAGAAGCUGAGGAGAGAAGGCUUCUUAGAGUCAAGUGGCAGCAGAAAGGCCCAGGGAGUGCCUCAGAUCGCGGUCCUUGUCACUCACAGACCCUCAGAUGAUGAGGUGCGUGAUGCUGCAAUGAAACUUCGUAUGGAGGGCGUAACUGUGCUUGCUGUGGGCAUCCAUAGGGCUAACAAGACCCAGUUAGAAAAAAUAGUGUCUUACCCUCCAAGACAGACAGUUUCCAUGCUACAGUCUUAUGCAGACUUGGAAACUUACAGUCGGAACUUCCUGAAAAAGAUCCAGAAUGAAAUAUGGUCCCAAAUUUAUACUCGUGCUGAACAUGUGGAUAUUGACAAAACUGGCUGUGUGGCUACAAAAGAGGCCGAUUUCUAUUUCCUCAUUGAUGGCUCAGGCAGUAUCAGGAUGCAGGACUUUGAUGAAAUCAAGAAAUUUAUGUUGGGGGUAAUAGACAUGUUUAACAUUGGCCCAGACGAAGUCCGAGUUGGGGCUGUGCAAUAUUCACGUGAGAAUCGAGUGGAAUUUGAUAUCAAUGUUUAUACUAAUUAUGUGAACUUAAGACAGGCUGUUUUAAACAUUCAUCAACUCGGAGGCGGAACUACUACUGGGGCAGCCCUGGAUUUCAUUCUGCCAAUUAUAAGGAAGGGGAGGACGCAGAGGUCAAGCGAGAUUCCCUGUCACCUCAUUGUGCUGACUGAUGGGAUGUCUGAGGACAGCGUCCUGGAACCUGCUGAGAGAAUAAGGGCUGAACAAAUCACCAUUCAUGCCAUUGGCAUUGGACAGGCUAACAAAACACAACUGCUACAAAUUGCUGGAAAAGAAGAAAGGGUUAAGUUUGGGCAGAACUUUGAUUUUUUAGAAAGCAUCAAAAAUGAAGUUGUUCAGACCAUCUGCACUGAAAAAGGCUGUGAAGACAUGAAGACCGACAUUAUGUUUCUGGUGGACAGUUCUGGCAGUAUAGGAGAUACCAACUUUGGGAAAAUGAAAGCCUUUAUGAAAAAUGUGACAACUAAGAUUCAAAUUGGUCCAGACAAAACUCAAAUUGGUGUCGUUCAGUUCAGUGAUCAUGUUAGGGAAGAGUUCCAACUUGAUCGAUACUUUACGCAAAAAGAAAUUUCUGCUGCAAUAGACAGAAUGUCUCCCAUCAAAAGAAACACUUUGACUGGAAAUGCACUAGUCGUCGUAGGUGAAUAUUUCACCGAUCGCAAGGGAGCCCGUUCUGGAGUCAAACAGUUUCUUAUUCUCAUCACGGAUGGAAAAGCACAGGAUGAUGUGAGAGACCCUGCUAAAGCUCUUCGGGACAGAGGUGUGACCAUCAUCUCUGUGGGGGUGUUUGGCUCCGAGAGGACUCAGCUAGAGGAGAUCAGUGGGGAUGGCAGCCUGGUCUUCCAUGUCGAGGAGUUUGAUCACCUAGAGACAAUACAAAGUAAACUCACCUUUUAUAUGUGUGCUCUUUAUGAUUGUAAAAAUAUCAGGAAGUUAGAUGUUGUGUUUGUGCUGGAUCAUUCCAGCAGCAUAAAUGAACAGCAGCAACAAAGCAUGAUUAACCUGACUGUCCAUUUGGUGAAUAAAGCGGACAUUGGCAGAGACCGAGUUCAGUUUGGAGCUGUCAAAUACUCAGACCAGCCAGAGGUUCUCUUCUACCUCAAUACAUACCAGACCCGAUCGGCAAUCAUUGAGAAUCUGAGGAGGCAUAGGAACACAGGAGGGAACACCCACACUGCCAAGGCUCUCAGUCACACAGACAUCCUGUUCACCGAGGAAUACGGCAGUCGCAUCAAGCAAGGCGUGAAACAAAUGCUGAUCAUCAUCACCGAUGGGGAGUCCCAAGACCGAGAAAUGCUCAAUGGCACAGCAUUGAAAUUGAGAGAGAAAGGCAUCAUCAUCUAUGCAGUGGGUGUAGAUAAGGCCAAUCAAACUGAGCUUGAGCUUAUGGCAGGAAAUAAAAAUAACACUAUCCAUGUAAGUGAUUUUGACAAACUGAAAGAUAUUUACCUGCUUCUACAAGAAAGUAUAUGUAUCAAUGCACAAGAGGACUGUAACAAUAAAGAAGCUGAUGUGAUUUUCCUUUGUGAUGGCUCUGACAUGGUAUCUGAUUCAGACUUUGUUACCCUGACAAACUUUUUAUCAGACUUAAUUGAUAAUUUUGACAUUGAGUCACAAAGAAUGAAAAUUGGGAUGGCUCAGUUUGGGAGCCUCUACAAAGAAAUUAUUGAGUUGCAAAACUCUCUGAAUAAAACCCAGUGGAAGACUCAAAUCCAAAGUAUCACCAGGAGCAAAGGGCCUCCACAAAUCAGCUUUGCCCUUCAGAAAGUGAAAUUUAUGUUUCAUCCAUCAGCUGGUGGGAGAAAAAAUGCUGGUGUCCCUCAAACUUUGGUUGUGAUCACAUCUGGGGAUCCCCAGGAUGAUGUGGCAGAUGCAGUACAAAAACUGAAAAACCUUGGAAUUUGUGUCAUGGUUUUGGGCAUAGGACAUGUUCAUAAGGCACAGCUCCUGCCGAUAACAGGCAACCCUGAAAAAAUAAUCACCUUUCAAGACUUCAAUAAAUUAAAGAAUGUGGAAGUGAAAAAAAGAAUUGUCCGGGAAAUCUGCGAGAGAUGCGGGAAAACUGAUUGCUUUGUGAACAUAGUGGUCGGGUUUGAUAUUUCAACUCAUCAGCCUGGGCAGCUGUUGUUCCACGGCCACCCCCGGCUGGAGUCAUACCUCCCAGGCAUCUUACAGGACAUCACUUCCAUCAGAGGAGUGAGCUGUGGAGGAGGUGCGGAGACACACGUGAAUGUGGCCUUUAAGGUGAACAAUGACCGAGAUUUCCCUGCCAAGUUCCAAAUCUACCAGGAAACAGUAUUUCAGAGCCUGCUGCAAGUCACUGUCAAUGGGCCAACUCAUCUGAAUGCACAGUUCUUGCAGCAGCUGUGGGGCACAUUUCAGGCUCCAUCUGCAUCCCAAGGACAGGUGUUACUUAUCUUUUCAGAUGGUCUUGGGAGUGAAAGCAUCACAAUGCUUGAAAAUCAAUCAGACAUGCUCAGAGAAGUAGGACUUGAUGCUCUACUGGUAGUGUCCCUAAAUCCAACUGCUGCUGAUGAUUUUUCCAGCUUUGAAUUUGGAAAAGGAUUUGACUACAGGACUCAUCUGACCAUUGGAAAGAGAGAUCUGGGCAAAACACUAUCACAAUAUCUGGAAAACAUUGCAGAGAGGAAGUGCUGCUGUACAUUUUGCAAGUGUCCAGGGACUCCAGGACCUCAUGGGACCCAAGGAUUACAAGGCUCAAAGGGUUCUCGAGGUCUGAAAGGCACCAGAGGACACAGGGGAGAUGAUGGAGAUCCUGGAACUCGAGGAGAAACUGGACCCCCAGGAGAUAAAGGGAUUACGGGAUGUCCAGGGCAGCCAGGUCAAAAGGGAGCCAGAGGACUUCCUGGAUAUAAGGGAGAAAAGGGAGAAGAUGGAAUUGAUGGACUCGAUGGGGAAGAGGGCUUUCAUGGAUUUCCUGGAGAAAAGGGAGAAAAAGGUGAUCCAGGAUCUGAGGGCAGCCCAGGUUCCAGAGGCCCCCCUGGGGAACAUGGGGCAAAGGGCUUCCCAGGGGAUCCUGGUGAUCCCGGACAAAACAAUAACAUCCAAGGACCAAAGGGUUCCAAAGGAGAACAAGGAGGACAAGGCAGAACCGGAUUGAAAGGGAUACAAGGCAAUCCUAGUUCCAGAGGAAACAGGGGAAGAGAAGGCCAAAGAGGGCACUAUGGUGCCCCGGGGGAGCCGGGGGAUCCUGGACCUACAGGUACACAGGGAGCUGAAGGAUUACAAGGCCCGCAGGGGUUAAAUGGAAUUCCUGGCAGGAAAGGAGCGGAGGGAAGCCAAGGGCAUAAAGGACCUCAGGGUCCUCCUGGGCUAAUGGGACCUAAGGGGAGUGUUGGAAGACCUGGGCCUUUGGGGAAAAAAGGGGAACCCGGAACUCCCGGGGAAUCUGGGCCAGUGGGGCGACCUGGACAGCGAGGAGAACAGGGAGAUUAUGGCAUCCCAGGCUACGGUCUUAUGGGACAAAAAGGAAUAAAGGGUUCAAGAGGAUUACUUGGAGUUGUGGGGGAAAAGGGUGAAAUCGGCAAUCCUGGAAUCCCUGGGGCACCUGGACUCAAAGGAUUUAGGGGAAGGUCCACUGCAGGUUCGAAAGGUGCAGAGGGAUCUCGAGGACCUCCCGGAUCUCCUGGACGGAGAGGCCCUAAAGGCAAGGCGGGGACAGCUAUAUAUUCUCAAUGUGAUCUGAUCCAGUUUGUGCGGGACCAUAGUCCUUGUUGGAAAGAAAAGUGUCCACUGUAUCCAACAGAGCUGGUGUUUGCCCUGGACCAGUCCUACGGCAUUACAGACCAGAGAUUUAAUGAAAUGAGGAAUGUCAUCACUUCUAUUGUCAAUGACCUUAAUAUCAGGGAAAAUAAUUGCCCUGUGGGAGCUAGAGUUGCUGUGGUUUCCUAUGAUUCGGACAGCAGCUAUCUCAUCCGUUGGUCUGACUACCAUAGCAAGAAGCAACUCCUCCAGCUUCUUUCUCAGAUAAAACAUAAAAGCCCCACAGCACCUCAAGACAUUGGUAAUGCGAUGAGAUUUGUGGCCCGGAACAUUUUCAAGCGGACAUCUGUGGGAGCCAACGUGAGGAGAGUUGCUGUGUUUUUUAGCAAUGGACAAGCAUCUAGUAGGUCAUCCCUCAUCGCGGCCACCAUGGAGCUUAGCGCCCUGGAUAUCAGUCCAACAGUCUUUGUUUUUAAUGAGAGGGGUUUUCUCGAUGAUGCUUUUGGGUUUGACAGCACUGGGACAUUUCAGGUGAUUCCGGCUCCUUCAGACGGGCAACAUGAAUCAUCAGACAGACUUUGGCGCUGUACACUUUGCUAUGAUAAGUGUUCUCCAAAUGCUUGCAUCAAAGAGAUCCUUUUGCCUGCAGACUCACACAUAGAUGUAGCCGUCCUCUUACACAAUUCUCAUAAUAUAGCAAGUGAUGAGUUUAAGGCUAUGAAAGACUUGGUGAGCGCAAUGCUUGACAACUUCAACAUUGCUUCAGACCCUUCAAUCCCAGACUCUGGUGAUAGGAUUGCCUUGUUGAGCUAUUCUCCUUGGGAUAGUUCUAGGAGAAGGAAGGGUGCAGUAAAAUCUGAGUUUAAAUUUACAACUUACAACAGCCAAGUCCUAAUGAAGAGCUACAUCCAGAAUUCUCUCCGACAGCUAAAUGGAGAAGCCACCAUUGGCCAUGCCCUACAAUGGACCAUACAGAAUCUCUUCCCAGAAGCACCCAACCUGAGAAAACAUAAGGUCAUCUUUGUGGUCUCAGCUGGAGAAAACUAUGAGAGAAGGGAAUUAUUAAAGAAGGUGGCUCUGAGGGCCAAGUGUCAAGGCUAUGUCAUAUUUGUGAUUUCCCUGGGCUCUCCACAAAAAGAUAACUUGGAGGAGCUAGCCAGCUACCCACUUGAUCACCAUCUGAUACAGCUUGGGAGAAUUCAUAAACCAGAUCUGGAUUACAUUGUGAAAUUUUUAAAGCCAUUUGUAUAUGCAGUCAGACGAGGAUUCAAUCAGUACCCACCAUCGGUGCUUGAGAAUGCCUGUAGACUCAACAAUUUACAAGAAGAGGACAGUCAAGAUAGUUUUUCCUUAGUUACUGCUGAGUCACGUCAGAUUUUUCUGGAAGAAGACAGGUACAUUGACCAGGAAUUAAGUGCUGAGGCAGACUUAUCUUUUAUGUUGGAUGGCAGUGAAAAUGACCAUGUGGUUCACAUUCCAAGCCAAAUGUUAAUGCCAUCAAAAUUAAUGAUUAAAUAUGAAAAAGGUCAGGAUUCUGAAGAAACUGCAAAUCUUGCUUCUGGACAUGAAAACCAUGGCAGAAAAGAGGAACUAGGUCCUACCAACAAACCUGGAGAUGCUUCUCUUCAAGAGUAUUACAUGGAUGUAGCUUUCCUCAUUGAUUCUUCCCAAAGAGUGGGAAAUGAUGACCUUAAGGACGUGAAAACUUUCAUAACCUCAGUGCUUGAUUACUUUCACAUUGCUCCAGACCCACUCACUUCCACCUUAGGAGAUAGAGUGGCAGUUCUGACCUACUCUCCUCCAGGCUAUAAGCCCAACACUGAAGAAUGCCCUGUCUACCUGGAGUUUGAUUUGGUUACUUACAACAGUAUAUACCAAAUGAAACAUCAUGUUCAAGAUUCUCUUCAGCAUCUCAAUGGAAAUGUUUUUAUUGGCCAUGCCCUGCAGUGGACAAUUGACAAUGUCUUUUCAGGAACCCCUAACCUGCGGAAAAACAAAGUUAUCUUUGUUGUAUCUGCUGGAGAAACCAACCCCUUAGAUAAGGAAGUCUUAAGAAAUGUAUCUGUGAGAGCCAAGUGUCAGGGCUACUCCAUAUUUGUGUUCUCUUUUGGUGUUGUAUACAAUGAGAAGGAAUUAGAAGAACUAGCCAGCCACCCACUGGAUCAUCACUUAGUCCAGCUUGGUCGAAUCCACAAGCCAGACAUGAACUAUAUCAUCAAGUUUCUCAAGGCAUUUGUCUAUUCAAUCAGACGGGCCUUCAAUAACUAUCCUCCUGCAGACCUGAGCUCCACGUGUGUGAACAUCACCUUUCCCACCCCAGAGACCGCCAGCACGGAAGACACUGUAUUCCUUUUUCCUGAGGUGUAUGAAAUAGAGACAGAAAACAGUGAGCCGUCUGGUGAAUUCGGCUCCCAUAAGCAGCACAUCCUUGCACUAGGGAGUAAUCAUAGUAAUGAUUCUGGGACCAUUACUGAUUUGAUCCAGAAGUUAUACCUGCUCUUUUCAACUGGGGACCUGAUGGUGAAAGACAAGGAAGAGGCACAUUCACAAGAAAUCGCAGCUCCAGAAAAUGAUAAACCAUGA